AUGGAGCUCAAAGAGAAGCGCUCAGUCAUUAGCCGUGAGCUGAAAACCCUUGAACCUGGCUCUCUCUACAUUACAAUCUCUGUUCCUCGAUCCAAAUCUCACCAGCAUUACGGCCUCGGUUCGGAUGUCAGCUAUCCGACAUCCCUCUCGGAGGAUCUGGACUUGGCGUUGUAUGAAGUUUCUUGUGCCAAGGGCAUCGAUAGAGAAGAAUUCGACUGGGGCGUUUAUUUUCAUCGAGAUUAUGGCAACGGCACCUGGUACGGACUCCGCAGGCUAAGCAGCACGAUCGACACCGGCAUGGACGGUACUCGGGGUUCCAGCAUGUCAAGCAUGGGUACGACAAAUAUGGGCGAUGGCGCCAGCGUCCCGUGUUCCUUGCCCUUCUACACUCUCUCCAGGCAGGAGAUGCGUCUGUCGCCACGUCUGCAAACCCGAGUGGCUGCCCUUAUCAGGGUCUUGCGCGUGCCUGAUUGCUUCGCAGACGGCCUGACACCCUACCUGGAUUGGCUGGCAGUGCAGACGGCACCCAGUGCCAUGAGGUCUUUUAUCUGGGCGACAUCCAUGUAUCUUCGCACGCGUCAUCACUUUUCGACAUAUCUCAAUGGCACAGCUGGCGAUGUGGCAGCGACGGGCUUCACCACGACAGGGUUUCUUCAGGAGGCACUUGACUUGGCGUACAAGGAGGUCUGGUAUGGGUUGGGAGGCCAGCUGCCACGGCCGAUGAUAGCAUCGGCGUUUGGGGUUGAGAUUGUCCUGGGGGAGGCUAAAACCGCAAACAUGCAGCAGCAGCAGAAUGCCGACCAAAAUGCCGACCAAGAUGCCGACCAAGAUGCCGAUGGUGAAUCAACCCAAUAUCUAUUGGGGUAUAUAUAUCAGCACGCAGAGACAGGGCUUUAUGACACCCCUUGGUGGAGUAGCAUUACCUAUACGGGGGUGGUUGUUUUCAAAGCCAUCUCGAUCGACUCAUCGAUUUAA